GUCUCCUUCACUGUGCCUGCAGUAGUUGAGUCUCAAAUCUAAAUACAGUAAACUCAGAAGAUUUUGCUUUUGCACAUUAUUGCAUUUUUCCAUUGUUAACAACAGCAUCCACGGCACAAUGGCUGUUCCCCCUACAUACUCAGAUUUGGGAAAAGCAGUCAGAGAUGUCUUCAGCAAGGGUUACUGUUUUGGGAUUGUGAAGUUGGACGUCAAGACUAAAUCUCAGAGUGGAGUUGAGUUUAACACAUCUGGAUCCACCAAUACUGAAACGGGCAAAGCUUGUGGGACUUUGGAGACCAAGUAUAAGAUGAAAGAUCUUGGCUUAAGUUUGAAUCAGAAGUGGAACACAGACAAGACGCUCAGCACAGAGAUCUCAUUUGAAGAUCAGCUUGCCCAGGGUUUGAAAGUGGCUUUGGACACGUCAUUUGUACCAAAUACAGGCAAAAAGAGCGAAACUGAAGAACAGCUGUAACAGCUGGAUUUUGAAGGCCCGGUCAUGCACUCGGCAGCAGUUUUGGGUUAUGAAGGUUGGCUAGUGGGAUAUCAGAUGGCGUUUGACACAGCCAAAUCCAAACUGGUGCAGAAUAACUUUGCUCUUGGUUACAAGGCUGAAGACUUUCAGCUUCACACCAAUGUUAAUGCUGGAGCAGAAUUUGGAGGUUCAGUUUAUCAGAAAUUGAACGAUCAGUUGGAGACGGCCAUCACUUUGGCUUGGACCGCCGGCAGCAACAACACACGCUUCGGAGUGGCUACGAAGUACAAGAUAGAUGAAGACGCCUCUUUAUAUGCCAAGGUGAACAACGGCAGUAUGAUUGGAGUCGGUUACACUCAGAGUCUACGACCCGGGGUAAAACUCAUGCUGUCAGCUGUCAUCGAUGGGAAAAACUUCAGCAUUGGUGGACACAAACUUGGACUGGGCUUUGAAUUGGAAGCAUAAGUGCUUAAGAUUUGAGACCUUUCGGUGAACCUCAAGUCAUCCCAAAAUAACUCAGCACACCCAACUAACAUUCAAUGACUAACAACCCUUAGCAUGUUAAUGAUUAAAUCUGUAAGACACUCGGUGGCCAACAAUAACAUUUGCCCUUCUAAAGGAAAAUAUUUAAUGCUCACCUAAUUUAUUAUGCAAGGAUGUUUAAUUUAAGAUCAAAUAAGGGUGUAUGUGUAGAGCACCAAAAUACAUGAGAAGCGAUGUAUUAACGACUGUGGUUUGUACGUAAUAGAAAUAUCGGAAGUGUGUUUAGUCAUGCCUGUGUUUUUUUUUACGUGUUAACCAUUUGGGGCGUUGAUAAGAGAAGACCGGUAGUUGCAUGACACGGCACUUGUAGGGCACAUGCAAGGCUUCUGUAGUUUAACUUUUACAGGAAACCAAAUGGACAGAAUGUUUUUUAUAAAGCUUGCACACUUUCUUAAACAGUUAUUGAUGGUUAAACUCUGUAGUGAGAGAAAAUUUCUUCACCAGCAAUCUAAACUUAAAAGUUGCACUGCAAAAAACGUCUUUCCUACUUAGUAUUUUUUGUCUUGUUUUCAGUACAAAUAUCUAAAAAUUCUUAAAUCAAGAUGUAUUUUCUUGAUGAGCAAAAGAAAAUAAAUCUAGUUUUUAAAUAUAUAUAUAUUUUAUUAUAAUAUAUAAUAUAUAUUAUAUUUUUCUUAAACACUUAAUUCAAGAAAAGUUUCUUACCCCAUUGACAGAUUGUUUUGCUUGUUAUUAAGCAUAAAUUCACUUAAAUGUUAUAUUUUUGUCUAAAAACUAGACUUAUUUUAUUUUUUAUUUUGCUCAUUAAGAAAAUACAUCUUAAUUUAAGAAUUUUUAGAUAUUUGUACUGAAAACAAGACAAAAAUACUAAGUAAAAAAAUAUUUUUGCAGUGUGUCAAUGUUUGAAUAUGAACCAUACGGCCACAGAUGUGUAAUCCCACAUAUAACAUACUUACAUAUUGUAAAACAAGUCUCCUAAACUCCUAAGAAUGAAUUUAUUGAAUGAUAUUCAGAUUUACAUCAAUGCACUUCUUAUGAGCACUAUUUUGACUGCUAUCUUGAGCUUUGAAUGUCCUCAUUUUGUCCAACUUAAAAAAUAAAUAAAUGAAGAAAACAGUU